AUGGCUCCACAGGCAUUUUGUUGCAAUAAGAUCAGAUCUCCAAGUUUUGAAGACGAAGGCUACCGACUCGGACUCUUCAAGUACUGGGCAAAAGCAAAAGACAAGAGGCCGCCAACCAAAGAUGACAACCUAGGGCUUGAUGUCUCGUUUUGUGUCCAAUUGUUUCAAAGAGCCAACCUGAACUCAACCCGGCUCUUUGUACCAACUGCCUGGAGAGAGUUCGCUGAGAUUGAUGGGAAAUUGCUAGCGGCACCAUGGGUGUCCCAUGGCGUCGAAUCGCCAAUCCUGUCUCCAACGUCUGCGAAUCCCAAUAUCCAAGUUCCCGAUCAAGGUGACCAUGGAGACGCUUCCUCGUCGACAAUACUUAACGAACUGACCAACAUCCCGGGAGAACUAGACGCUUCAACAAAUCCAUUAGCAGAGAAUGAUCUCACAGAAUGCCCAGUUGGUACGGAUGCCAAGUAUAAAGUGGAGAAUGUUGUUUCGUUGGUGAAUAUGCCUGCGAGUCAAUAUGUGCUUGACUUAAUCGACAGGACGAGAGAUACGAUGCGACUGAACGAGGUCUCCCUUCCCACUGAAGCAGAUAUGCUCAAAAUACACAUGUUCCAUGAUCUACGCGAGUUAGCAGAGUCUGUCGAUCAAAAUAUCUUCAUCUGGAUGCUGUUCUCCACAGCAAAUCCAAUUGUCAAGCUCUUGAUGAGCUGCAGCCCUUCCAAUGCGUCUACCAAAGAUGACAGAGACAAUAUACUCGAAGCCACUGCAUCCGCUGUUAAUGCGAUGUAUUGCUUUACCAUUGGUCAGCGUGAGGGCUAA